AUGCUACAAAAAAUUUCAAUCGCCGCAUUAGUCGGUUUGUUUUCUUCAGUUGCGUCACUUGCCAACGCUGAUUGUACCUACUCUGGUGGUAAUUACUACUGUGCCAAAACCGAUGCCAUCAUUUACUCUAACGUUGGUUUAUCUGCUACUUACCAAGAUGUCACCAACAUGGAUGAAUCUUCUUGUGCCUGCACUCAAGCUGACUUUACUGCUUCCGGUAGUUUAGCUCCAUUCAACGAAGAGCUUUCUGUCCAUUUUAGAGGUCCAAUCGAACUACUGCAAUUCGGUGUUUACUACCCAAAUGGCGAGUCUAAAGCUUUGAAGAAGAGAUCAGAAAAACAAUUAAUCGAAUCUUGCAAUGAACAAGGUGAAGCUAUUGUGUCCAAACACAAGCAUCAACACAAGAGGGAUGUUGCAGUUGAAUAUGUUCAAGUUACUUCUACUGUCUACGUCGACGGAAAUGGUCAAACUGUGACUGCUGAUUCUACCAAUACCGUCGUUGGCCCUGCUGUCCCUUCUUCUUACACAAAAGUUUCUACCAUUUUGUCCAGCAGUGAAGCAAAUACAAGUCCACUUUCCUCUUCAUCCAAGACUACUUCUUCUUCUUCAUCUGCUGCUACUGCUUCUUCAUCCUCGUCUUCCAACACCAACGGUGACUGGUCAAGAGGUUCAUACUUUGUGCCAGGCUCUACCAGUAACUGUACCUUCAUGAACAACCAGGGUGGGACUGCUGGUUCUGGUGUCUGGUCGAGUUGUUUCGGUAACUCUAUAUCUUUUGCCGCCUCGGACGGUGUUUCUGGUGCCACCUCUUCUCAAGCUCUUGAUGACGUUACCAUUAAAUCCGGUAAUGAAUUCAUGAUCUUUUCUGGCGAACAAUGUUCUGGUAACAAUGCUGACUGUGGUUACUACAGAGAAGGUAUUCCAGCUUAUCAUGGUUUUGGUGGAUCUGACAAAAUUUUCGUGUUCGAAUUUUCUAUGCCAAGUGACACCAGCGGUUCUGCUUACAACCAAGACAUGCCAGCUAUUUGGUUAUUGAACGCAAAAAUCCCAAGAACUUUGCAAUAUGGUGAUGCAUCUUGUUCUUGUUGGAAAACUGGUUGUGGUGAAAUGGAUCUUUUCGAAAUUUUGACCGCUGGCUCUGAUAAACUGAUCUCUCACAUCCACGAUGGCCAAGACGGUGGUACUCAAGAUUAUUUCGACAGACCAACUGAUGGCACUUUAAAGGCUGCGGUUAUCUUUAACUCAAGUGAUAAAACUAUUCACAUUAUUGAAGUAGAUGAAAGCUUCGAUGAAGCUUUGAGCGAUGAUGUUGUUGACCAAUGGUUGACAAAAUCUGGUUCUUCUGCUGCUUUGCCUUAA